AACACACUUAACCCACAAUAUAAACCCCCCUCUCAACGUACUUAACAUAUCACCACCUCCCCAUCACACAGAAUUCACGUCACCUUUCCUAACAUUUAAUUCCAAGAUUGAGUUAUGGGUUCUGAUGAAACCAAAUCAACGUUGGACACCGAGAACUCGACCGUGCCAGGAUGCGGCACCACGACGAAGAGUUGUUGGAUGUCUCAAGUUUUGCUAAGAAUAGUUCUGUUUGCAGCCACUUUGACAUCGAUUGUGGUAAUGGUUACAAGUAAACAGACCACGAAUAUAUUCAUCCCUGGAACUACCAAACGGAUUCCUACUGCCAAGUUCACCAACUCACCGGCGCUUAUAUACUUUGUGGUGGCACUCUCGGUGGCUUGCAUUUACAGUAUUCUAUCUACACUUGCUACCGUAUCUGCUUUCAAGAAGCCUUCCUCUUGCUCUGCGAUUCUCUUGCUCAACCUUGCCAUUAUGGAUGCGGUGAUGGUUGGGAUAGUGGCCUCAGCGACCGGAGCGGGAGGUGGAGUAGCUUAUCUUGGUCUGAAGGGAAACAAACAAGUGAGAUGGGUCAAAAUAUGUCAUGCCUACGAUAAGUUUUGCCGUCAUGUUGCAGGUGCACUAGGCGUCUCAUUGGUAGCUUCGAUCCUCCUCCUCCUCCUCUCUAUCAUCUCUGUGAUCUCCCUCUACAAGAGAAUCCGUUGAUUUACUCUCUUUGUGUUCUUUGUUUAUGUUUUAGUCAAUUCGUAUUGAUUUUGUACUUGUUUCUUUGGUCUCUGUCGAAGUUGACUUUUGUGUGUUUAGUUUCAUUUGUGUCGUAAUAUUUUCUUUGGUUUUAUAUGAUUGUGUGAUUAGUUUAUUUGUAACCCGAGGUUUCUAGUGAAUCUUUAUUGAAUGUUAUUUUAUGUUUGGAUUGAUGAUUCGUUAAUUAAUGACCAGUCUUUUUAUC